UAAAAAAGUGUUGCACAGUGGCCAAGGAAAAAAAAAAUUCCCUGACAAGCUACCUGACAACCCAAAAAAGAAGAGGAAAAAACCAUACAAGGAAAAAAAAAGAGAGGAGAAAAUGAGAAUUGGGUGGUUGAGUGUGAGAACCCCUCUCCUCUUCCAAUCCAAAAUCCUCUGCCUCGCUCUCCUCUAUUUGCUUACAACCCUCCCCUUGUCAAUCUAUGUCUCCUUCUCCCAAUCUCGCUGCCUCUUUCAAUCUCCACAAAUUCAUGAUAAAAGCUACCUCUUCAAUUAUCCAAGAUCCUAUGGACAGCAUAAGCAUGCUUUGCCGACAGCUCGCUCUUCUUGCGCCUCCCCUGUUCCUUUCUCAGAUUACAAGGCGGCUGUACAGGAGAUCCAUGAUCUUUGCAAGAAUGCGUCGACAUCGAAAUCCUCUGCUUCAGGGUAUUUGGAGAUGUUAGGGGAGAGCUUCGCUGGGAAUUUUUCGGUGCAGAAGAGGAAAUCUUAUUUCGAUCAGAGGGGUGAUUCGUUGGAGAUCCCUUGUGGAUUCCUGAAGGAAUUUCCUGUCAGGGAUUCUGACAGGUUGGCAAUGGCGAGCUGCCGUGGAGUUGUAGUAGCAUCCGCAGUCUUUGGUGACCAUGACAAAAUCAGGCAGCCAAAAGGCUUAGGACCAAAAACACUCGAAACUGUUUGCUUCUUCAUGUUCAUCGAUGAAUCAACUCUCAAAGGCCUCAACAAUCACAACAUUCUCACCGAUAAACAAAAUGAGAAUAAUAUGCUCGGAGCAUGGCGAGUUGUAAUACUUCAGAGCAAAAAACUCCCUUACGACAAUCCUGCAAUGAAUGGUGUCAUCCCUAAACAUUUAAUUCACAGGCUAUUUCCCAAUUCUAAGUUUAGUAUAUGGUUGGAUGCGAAGAUUCAGCUUACGGUGGAUCCGUUAUUGAUUCUCCAUUCCCUUCUUAUAUCGAAAGAUGUGGAUAUGGCUAUAUCGAAGCAUCCUUUUAAUAUGCAUACAAUGGAGGAGGCAAUGGCAACUGCGAGAUGGAAGAAAUGGGGAGACGUGGACUCUUUGAGGGUGCAAAUGGAGACAUAUUGUGAAAAUGGACUUGAGCCCUGGUCACCUAGCAAACUCCCAUAUACAACAGAUGUACCAGACACUGCACUGAUAGCAAGGAGGCACACUACAACUAGCAAUCUGUUCUCUUGCCUUCUCUUCAAUGAAUUGGAGGCAUUCAACCCAAGGGACCAAUUGGCUUUUGCCUAUGUGAGGGAUCUAAUGAACCCCAAGAUCAAGGUUAACAUGUUCGAGGUGGAGGUCUUCGAGCAAAUCACCAUAGAGUAUCGCCACAAUCUCAGACGAGAAGGAGAUGGGUCUCAAUCAACAAGGAAGAAGACCAGAAGAGCUUCUUCGAGGGACAUCAAUGGAAGCAGCUGUGAACAUUACCUACUAAAGAUGUGGGGUGAAAUUACUGAGUGAGCUUGGUUUCUUUCUUCUUUUUUUCUUCUUUUCCCUGUUCUUUUUGCACAUAGAUACAACAAAAGCACAUGAAGCCUAUGAAGAGAGAGAGAGAGAGAGAGAUAAAGAGAGAGAGAGAGAGAGAGAGAGAGAGAGAGAGAGAAAGACUGGGACCAAAACAAAUUCAAGGCACCUCCACUUUUUAGAACCUUGAAAGAUACCUGAUUGCACUCAAAGAGAGGUGGUUACUGGUGAACUCUUGGAUUGUUGUGUGGCAAAUUGGCCAAUUCUUUAUUUCAUUGUAAGGUGAGCCCUAUAGAAGAGGCAAAUAUUUAUUAUUAUUGUUAUUUUUUUUAUUGGUCUAAUGAUUCAUCUACAAUUUUUUAAUGAAAAGUUGCCGUGACCCUUUAUUUCUAA